AUGAUAUUCGAAGCCUACCAUAAGAAGUUCCUAUAUAUCGGUCCUCAAGGUUUACUUGCAAAUAUUCGUGCACAUUUUUGGCCAUUAAGAGGCAGAGACAUAGCACGCAUAACCGUUAACAAACGUGAAAUAAUCAAAUAUUAUGCAAAACAAAGAUCUGGAAGAACUGUAUAUGAUGAACUGCUUGAUGAAGGUAUACAAUGGAUUUUUAUACCACCAUCAGCGCCACACUUUGGAGGCGUUUGGGAAGCGGCCGUCAAGUCCUGUAAGUAUCAUUUGGUACGCACUAUUUUGGGCACGAGUUUUAAUUUUGAAGAGUUGUGUACCGUACUUGCUCAAGUUGAAGCGUGCUUGAACUCAAGACCCUUAACACCGUUAUCUUCAGAUCCGUGCGAUUUUAAUGUUCUAACACCUAGUCAUUUUUUAAUUGGUGGACCUGCUCAGGUGAUACCAGAACCGGAUCUUUUGGAUAUACCAGCAAAUCGAGUACGAAAAUGGUCAUUGAUGCAAAAAACAAUGCAAGACUUUUGGCGUAGAUGGAGAAUGGAAUAUUUGUCUUCGUUACAGGUGAAGAAUAAGUGGUUGAAGGAUGAAAAACCUAUUCCUAUUGGAUCAUUAGCAAUUUUAAAGGAAGAUAAUGCACCACCAUUAAAAUGGCCUAUGGUAAGAAUAGAAGCUGUGCAUCCGGGAAAGGACAAGAUAGUUUGA